ACGUUCGAUUAGUUCUCAGUAGAGAAUCAGUUGCCAUCGAAAACAGACGAAUAUGAAUGACGUCAGAGAUCUAGUUGUUCUGGUCACCGGCGGUUCGAACGGCAUUGGCGCUGGUAUAGUUCGAACUGUUUUGGCUCGCGGAGCAAAGCAUGUUGUCAUAUUAGAUAUCAAUAUAACGCAAGGGCAGGCUUUGGAAGCUGAAUUGAACUCAAAAUAUGGUAUCAAUAAAGUAAAAUUUAUAAAGUGCGAUGUAGCAAGUAACGAACUCCAUGCAGCCUUCGAGGAAGCCGUUCAGCUUUUUGGGUAUUUGGACGUUGUUAUUAACAAUGCUGGUAUUAUGAAUGAUAGCCCCAAAGUGUAUGAAAAGGAAAUAACAAUCAAUGUUACAGCUGUUAUAACAGGGUCACUAAAGGCUUUCGAAAUAAUGCGUAAAGAUAGAAAUGGGAAAGGAGGCACCAUUGUCAACAUAUCCUCUGUCGUCGCCCUAAUACAAAGCUCUUUACUCCCUGUUUAUAGUGCAACGAAGAGCGCUGUAUUGCAGUUCAGCAAUUGUCUUGGCAAGAUUGAAACUUAUAAUAGGACUGGAGUACGAGUGGUGACUGUUUGCUUUGGUGCGACGGAUACAAGUUUGAUUGUCAAAGUUGGAUGCAUUGACAAGGAAUUAGAAGAAAUGGUGCCAGCAGCAAUGGAAAAAAUGCCAUUACAGGGAGUUGACGCUGCUGUUUCUGGCUUAAUACACGCGUUCGAAAACGGCGCCAGCGGCAGCACGUGGCUGGUGACGUCUGGGAGACCUGCCGAGGAAAUCACCGGAAACGUCACCAAGGCAUACGAAAUACUGAGUCAAGGUGUAUACAAGUAGCCGUUUUAAUACAACAUAAUAUAAUAUUUGAUACAUGUUUGUUAAAAGAAAUAAUUUCUAUAAAAACAGCUGUUUCCACGCGAGGCCGUCAAGAUAAAACACGGUACAUUUCAAGAUUUUUUAUACGAUCAGUUUUUGCAACGAUUUAAACAGGAUUACAUUGUAUUUAACUGGUAACAUAAACAACUCUUUCCAAAUAUCCUGAUUUCUAGAGACGUUUCUAUUCCCGAGGUUACGUAGUUUGUAAUAUAAACUGAAUGUAUUUACAUAACGAUGUUCUAAAUGUUUCAGUGUUUUAAGUAAAUCAAGUUUACUAAUAGUGCAUUGUUAACUGUGAAAUCAUUAUAACUAUAAGAUUUAAAUGUUUUAGUUAUCUAAUAAUUUUCAAAGUAAUCGUAACUUUGUCUGUAAUUUAUUUUUUGUAGUAUUUUUUUUUUAUUUAUAUUAAAAAAAAUAAAACAAAUUUCUAGAAUAAUGAUAGUUUAAGUAAAUGUUUAUUGCCAAUCAAUGUCCAAUCAGAAUCGGUCAAGCCGUUUCAGAGAUUGUUCAAUCCAAAAAGAUGUCAAACAGAUAAACUUUCAAAAAUAUAUGCAUAUGUUUUGGUGUGUGUGUGUGUGUGUGUGUGUGUGUGUGUGUGGUACCAUGUGCAUUGGGUUAAAAGGUUCUUAUUAUUCAUAUGGACAUUUAUAAUUACAUAUUUUUGAAUGCAGUGUUACAUGAUUGAAAUAAAACGAAGUAUUUCAUGCAAUAAAUAAUUUUAUUUUAAAAACUU